AUGUACCAAUUUUGUGGAAAUUGUUAUCAACAGCUAGCCGCCGUUAAGCUCCUCGAAUUGUUCUCACUACAGUGCUCUUGGACCACAGUGUACGUCACAGUGUUUGCUUGGUGCGUGCCAACAGCUGGUGAGUUGCGGGGAAAUUUCCGAUGCACCCUGCUGUCCUGCUGUCCAGAUAGAUGUCUGCAAAUGGCAAUUCGGGCAGUCACUGCGUCUCCUCAAACACCGCGGCGAUUGAACUGGCCCAGUUGCCAUGGCCGUAGUGGGGCAGCACCCCCGUUUCCAGUUUCCAGAUGCCGACUCCAGACAAACAUUGAAUGGCGGUUCCGCAAGGAAGCUUUUCGAAAUAGCAAUCCCUUGAGAGGUCAGUUGGAUGGCCCCAUUUCGCCUCCCCUUUCGAUGGGGUGUUGCUCCUCACUGUCAGAUGUGAAGAGGCGGAGCCUGGUCGACCACCCUGCCGCCGCCACCAAAGAUUCAGAGAGCCCAUGCAGAAUACAGAGUGCUGUGCUGCUCCAAGAUGCUGGGAGCGCCGUUGUUGGCCAAUGGCCGGAAGCCGACACGACAUCUGGAGUCUCUCCCCAUUCCAAUGAACCACUUUAUCUCCUGACAUUUACGGAGUACUUCGACGAUUCUCUGGAAAUCCAGUUGUGCAUUGAAUUACCCCUCCUUGUCACAGGAGGGAUUGACAAGGCUGCCCCUCCCUGGUGCCACCCAUCACUCUUCUCUCGACCAGACGCGACCUGGACAGAGGAUGACGCGAAGCGGGGUGCUGCUGCUUACCAUUUGCCAUUCCUGAUCCUCCCACUGGCUUCCAUGUGGCUCCGGUGUCGCCAUCUGGACCCGUGCUCACGUGAUAACCGUCACACGGUUGGCCUUGUGGGUCGUCAAAGCUCCCAAGGUUAUCAAUGUUCCGCGGACUGCCGAGGACUGCCUUUUCGUCUUCAUCAAUGGUCUGCAUGGGUUAAAGAUGGCAUGGUUGAUGACCGAUGCCGCUUCGUUUUGACUGCUGCUUGGCAGACUCUGGCCACGAUCAUGGGUGAAUUACUGCACAUGCACGCAAUGACGAAAAGGUUCCGAGAAAUCAUCGCCGGAUAG